AUGACCGGCUUCGAGGCUCCUGUUGAGCCCCCACGGUGCCGCGUGCUGGGGAUCUGCAGCCCCGCUCCCUCACUCGGGGUCACGGCUGCCUGUCCAGCCCUGGGCGAGGCCCUCUCAGGCCCUGGUUAUGCGGCGUCCGGGGCGGCCCAGCUUGUGUGCGUAGGACGCUGGCUGGGGACCCGCCGGGGACACAGCACCACGAGCCUGGUGCCGAGCCGCCCGCAGCGCUUAGCGCUUCCCACACGGGCGGUGCAGCCUGCACGCUACCCCAGGAAACGGGCCUGUGUUCAUGUUUAUGUUCCCGCCUUGUCAGUAGUGGUCAGCCCUGGGAGGGCCGGGACCACGAGAGGGAGCACCUCUCUCUGCCCCGACGAUGGGGCUCCCGAGAUGCCCUCGUGGGAUCUGGGCAAGUGUAGCAUCAGGCGACUGCCUGAGCUUUCAGUGGGGCGUCUGGACACAGGGGACGCCCCAGGGGAUGCCGUGGGCAGACUGGACCCGUGCUGCUACAGCCAGGAAGCAGCAGAGACCUCGGGGGGGGGGACAGACCCCCAACACCCGCAGAGGGUGCGGCCCUGCCCACCACACCGUCCCCAGGGCGCCAGCCUGCAGGCAAAGCUGGACCAGCCCAUGCCCUGCCUGCCGGGCACCCCCAUCUCCCACAGCAGCAGUGGUCCUGGAGCCUCCGGCCACUCGAGACCAGAGCUCGUGACCAGCCCGGGUCUGCGCAUGGACGUGUUUGGAUGCGCGGAGGCCCUCCAGCCGUGCUUCUGUGAGAAGUGA